AUGACCAUGAAGAGGGAAGAUGCAAGGAAAUGGUUAGAGGAAAAUAAACUUGUUGGCCGCUGGGCAGAUAUAGAGUAUAUCGGCACUGACUAUACGGGAGUGCAACCCGUGUUCGGGAUUGCUGGUGUUGGUAAAUCAUAUAUUGUCAGACAUGUCUACUCCAAGAAAGUGAUUGAUGAGAAGAAACAAUUUGUAAAGUUUGGCUGGGUUGAAGUAUCAAGUCCAUUCAAUAUGAGAGACUUUUCAUGGAGCUUACUGUUGGAUUUGCACUCGGGAUGCCUCCAACAUGGUAGCUUGUUGAGAAUCAGAGACCCAAUUCAGGAAUGUCGUGAGCUUCUAGAAAAACAUGCUUAUCUCAUUGUUAUUGACGGUCUGCAGUCCAAGGAAGAGUGGGACUCGAUAAAAGAUGGCUUGGCCAUUAAACAUGACCACAAUAAAAGCCGUAUCAUUGUCAUUGCAAAUGAAGAAAGUAUCGCCACAUACUGUUCAGCUACUAACUGGUGGAAUGUCGAAGGCCUAGAAAUUGAGCAGGCGUUUGAUCUCUUCAUAAAAACGGUCGAAGCUAAAUGGAAUCGGCCCGCCGAAGGACGCCGUGAGCUGAGCCCCGAUGAUACUGAGAGAAUAAAAUCUUUCCUACACAAGUGCGGUGGACUUCCCAAAGUGAUAGUUGCUGUGGGUGACUUCAUUGGCGACGGACGGGGACUAAGCAACUUGGAUAACUUUAUGCAGCAGUUGGAGACUAACCAAGCAUUUGGCAGUUUAAGAAAUCUGUUUGCCUGGGUGAAUUCCUACUUCAAUACCUGCCCAGAUUCGCUGAAGCCAUGUAUCUUCUAUCUAUCAAUAUUCCCUGUGAACCAUAAGAUUCGGCGGAGGCGUUUGGUGCGGCGGUGGAUGGCUGAGGGCUAUUCCGCGGCCACCAAAGAAAGUACCGCGGAGGAGAAAGGGGAGAAAUCCUUUGUCGACCUCUGCGAGCUAUCCAUGAUCCAGUUGCCAGGAUCGACAAGUCUGUCCUACUCGAUGAGGAUGCCCUCGUGUAAAGUUAACGGUUUCUUCCGGGAAUACAUCAAAUCGCAGUCAAUGGAAGAGAACCUAGUAUUUGCAUUAGAGGGACACUGCAGUGUGAACUUGCAACGCACUGGACGUCGUCUCACCAUAGAGAAUACUUGGGACAGAGACAUUAGUGUGUACGAGAGCAUUGACUUCUCACGGCUUCGGUCACUGACAGUUUUUGGUAAGUGGGAGUCAUUCUUCAUCUCUGACAAGAUGAGGAUAGUCCGGGUGCUGGACCUGGAGGAUGCAUCGUCAGUAACAGAUGCUGACCUCGAACAGAUGGUGAAGCUGCUGCCUCGCCUCAAGUUUCUCUCCCUUAGAGGAUGCAAAGAGAUCACCCGUCUGCCGGAUUCCUUUGGUCGCCGGAUGAGGCAGCUCCGGACUCUGGAUAUCAGACACACUUGCAUUGUCAAGCUUCCACCAAGCAUAACCAAGCUAAAGAAACUGCAGCACAUUCGUGCUGGCACUACUGUACAACUGGAUAACACCAGCACUGUUGGAAGCCCACUACCACCACCACCAUCAGCAGCAGAAGGAUCAGUGUCAUCGGCAUCGAGCAGGCCUCGAGCUUCUACUCUGGUUUGCCGGAUCCGGUUGCCAGAGUUUUGCGCAGGCCGUGGCCAGCGGAUUUUUUCGGGCUCUUGUAAUGGUGGCGUUGAGGCGCCUCGAGGGAUUGGGGAAAUGAUGGCCUUACAUAAUAUCAGUGUCAUCGACGUUAGUGUUGCAAGCGGGCGGGCAAUCCUGGAAGAGCUCAAGAACCUUACCCAAUUGCGCAAGCUUGGAGUCUCUGGCAUCAAGCUGGACAACCACAAGGAGUUGUGUUCUGUCAUUUCAGGCAAGCUGCCAGAAUGGAUUAAGCAGCUGUCGAAUCUCACAAAAUUGAAAUUGCAGAUGGACAAGAUAACGCAAUUUGAUGUUAAUAUCCUCAAGUUUUUACCAAGCCUAGAGACUUUAUGUCUUUAUCCCAAGGACUUUGAAUAUGGAGAGCUCCGGUUCAGAGGACGUGGAUGCUUCUGCCGACUCCUGGUCCUCGAGGUUGGUUGCAACUCCAGAUUAGAGUCUGUCAUAUUUGAGUCCGGUGUAAUGCCUUGGCUUGAGGUCCUCAAAAUCCCCUGCUAUCAUGUGUCAUCCUUGGAGUUUUCUGGGCUAAAUGAGCUAGGCGAUCUCAGGGAAGUCUCACUUAGUGGUUCCUUUGAUGACCAAGUGAAGCAACACUUGCAGAGCAAACUUAAACAGCACCCCAAGGAAGUGAUGCCUGUUUUGAAGGUGAACAAGGUUCGUUCUGAUGGCCACUGA